AGCUACAGUCUCCCUCGCAGCUUUUGGGCAGAAGUCUCCCUCCUGCUUCGAGAUAACUCAGGGCUAUAGGCCAGUUGAUGCCUACGUCUCCAGCGCCUUAGCACUAUUGAUUGUCCGCAAUGCCAACCUGGCUUGUCCACGGUUUCCGAUGGCCGCGUAGCUUAAUCCGCGUUCACGUCAUACUUGAGAACCUUGAUGAUGCCGCUCCAGGUUGGUUGAUGGCACCUAGAACCACUGCCGCCCUGCUUGAGAACUUUCGAAAUCUCCACCCCGAACAAAUGCGGAUGCUUCCCUCAUUGCAAUUCAUCGAACAGUAUGAUCCCAAUGAUUGGUCGACAAGCGAGCAGCCGUAUGCAUACGUCUGUGACCAGGUCCAUGAGAUCAAACUCAGCGUGGAUAUCGACGACGUGCGCGGGAAAGGAGUUUCUAGCGGUGCUUGGGCUGCACUCGCUGAUCUGCGAGACAAAGUCGCAGCGGGGGAGAAGAUCGGUUGGUUCAUCGUGGUAAAUGGCGAUGUAGAACGAGGAGUACCUUCGAGCGACCCAGUAACUCGGCCGCCGAGUACAGCGCAGUCUGGCGCAUUUGGACAGCACUUGUCGUUCACCCCUGGGCACGGUGUGCCUGCCGUCCCCGAUAUUCCCCAUGGGGCACGUCGGGAGAGCAGCAUUGAUCCAACGAAGCGAGACCAAAAAGGAUUGAGGAAGUGGCUGAGUGUCAAGGUCCGAAAAUCGAAAAGGGCGACCGAGAUCCGGACUGUUCCACUGACUCCACCACUACCCAAUGGCCGACGGAACGGCUCGUUUAGUUUACCAAAUAGACUCAUACAGGCCGCAAGCGAGAACAAGGAGCACAGAAGUAGGGCAUCGGUCCCGUCGAAUGUUGCAAAUUGAUCCACCUCAAUUUGCCUCAGCCCUUUGUUUCCCAUGAACUCACUAGAUGAGCGACUUACAGCACGACUUCGAUCCCCUCCCUGAGCA